AUGUCCGACAUCAAGAAAUCCAAGCGUACCAAGUGUGCAAACUUCGUCUCCCAUCCCAUCUUCGUCUUGAGCGUCCGUACGCUGCAGUUCAUCUUUGCCAUUGUCGUCUUUGCUGCCCUUUGUCGAUCGCUCCAUCUCUUUCAUGGUGACGUCGUCAAACAUGAAGGCACCAAGACCAUAACCGAUCACAUCCGCUUUCCCGAUCCUUGGGGUUACCUUUUGUUCACCGCUAUCUGGACCGCGCUGGGUGUUGUGUUUAUCGUCUUCAUUGGUAUCCGCCAUCCGAUCCACAGCUCGUUCGGCUACGUUCGCGUCGUAUUCGAAGUCGUAGCGCUCCUGUCGUGGUUUAUUGGCUUCAUUGCGUCGGCCGCCUACGUGGGCCAGAACGACUGCCCCUUGGAAGACGGGGUGUGUGGUUCCGUCAACUUGGCCAUUGCGUUUGGCACUAUCGAGGCCAUUCUGUUCUUAAUCUCUGCGCCGCUGACGGGCACCCAAGUCUUUUACCCAGGUGGCUUCGCAGACAACAACAACGACCACACAAGCAAUAACCACAUCACCGACUACAUUACCUACCGCAGUGACAUCCGACCUGUCCAGGAGAAGCAACCUAACGCUUCGUCCACCAAGAAAGAGUCGUUUGAGUGGUUGCCUGUGGCGACACCGUCGCCGCCUGAGAAGGUGUACGGCAAGGAGGGUGUAUGA